CAGUUGGAGCCCUAAAUUUUAAGAGUUAGAAGAAUGGAGAAUGACAAGGUUACUAGUCCAUCUUCCUCAAGUUCAGCUGAGAAGAAGAAAGAGAAAGUUGGUAUGGUUAACAAGACAUUAAAGGGGAUGAGUGACCUUAUCCAAUAUCUACCCACUGGGACUGUCUUCCUGUUUCAAACCCUGAAUCCAAUCUUCACCAUAGCAGGGCAUUGUACUGAAAUCAAUGAGAUCCUUACUGGGAUUUUCCUUGCUUUCUGUGCUACCUCCUGUGUGUUUUCAUGUUUUACAGAUAGUUAUGUUGGCAGUGAUGCUCUGAUUCAUUAUGGAAUUGCAACCUUUGAUGGGCUCUGGCCGGCGCCGAAUUCGGACAAUAUCGAUAUUUCGAAGUACAAGAUUACAUUAGGGGAUGUGGUUGAUGCCUUAUGUUCAUUGAUUGUGUUUGCAGUGAUUGCUAUAUUGGACCCAAACACUACCAACUGCUUCUAUCCGGAGUUUGGGGUUUUUCAGAAGGUGUUGGUGGUGAUUUUGCCAGCCGUGGUUGGUUUCUUUGCUUCUACAGUGUUCAACUUCUUCCCCAAAAAACGUCAUGGGAUUGGGAGGAUCCCUGCAUGCUAUAGUUAGAUCUACCCCAAUCCACCCUGUUCAUCGAUAAAUAACACAAUCCCAAUCUGUUCU